AUGCCCGAGGCUGGGUACCAAGUCCCAGCCGCGGCGAGAUGGUUGGGCAGCGGGCUUUUGGGGAUAGCUUUGCUCUUGUUCCCUUGGUCCCUGGCACUGGAAGUCUCCGUGGGGAAGGCUGCCAUCAUCACAGCUGUAAAUGGAUCUGAUGUCCUGCUGCCUUGUACCUUCUCCACCUGUAUGGGCUUUGAGAACCUCCAUUUCUGGUGGACAUUCAAUAACACAGAUGAAUACAAGAAUCUGCUGGAUGGAACAGUGAAGAAUGAAAAAUCAGACCCAAAGAUUAGGUCAAACAUUGACCCACGCAUUGAACUGGUUGGCUCUGUCAAGGAGAAAAAGAACAACAUCUCCAUCCUGAUCCAUUUCCUAGAGUUCUCCGAUAAGGGGAAGUAUACUUGCCGGGUGAAGAAUCCCAAGGAGAAGAAUGCCCAGCAUGAAGCUACUAUUUCUCUCGUUGUUGUUGAAAAAUUGGUGGAAGUAGACAAUACUGUGACAAUCAUCAUCGUCUCAGUUGUGGGUGGUCUCAUCGGAUUUCUUAUUGUCUUCAUGUUGAUUAAGAAGUUCAUUACUUUCAUCAUUAAGAAGACCCAAGAAAAGAAGAAAGAAUGUCUCGUGAAUUCAUCAGGGAAUGACAAUACCGAGAAUGGGAUGGCUGGCUCCAAAGCAGAACAGAAAGCAACACCAAAGUUGUAAAACCUCCUGGCUCGAGGCCUAGGGGGAUCCUGCAGUCAACUCCACAACUACAGAGUCUCUAUUUUUGUUAACAAAACUGAUGCUUGGGCCGUGUCUAUAGAACCCAUGUGCCUGUGAUGCCCGCUGCUUAGCUCAGACUGGAAUCUCCUAGGGGUGGGGAGCAAUGGGGCCUACUUAGACUGGCUUCCUUAGCUAUAGCCUCUCACCCCUUUCCUCUCUUUCCUUCUCCUUCCAGAGAUGCAGAUGUCAGGCAAGAAGGAGAGAGGAGUCCAGGGGAAGUCCUGUAAUUGGGGAGGUGGAGGAGGCCAGGGAGAAGGAGCAUAGGAGCACUGUGUGGAACUUAGAGUUGGGAUGGCAUUAGAGAAUGUAGA